AUGUGGCUUCGUGGAAGACAACCCAUAAUUAUGAAAGGCUCGGUGUCACUAGCAGGGACACAACGGCAACUUUCAGCUUUGAAAUAUCUCAAAAUCAUCGUAGAAAGAAAUCUUGAUUAUGGAAUUGCGAAUGGUACUGUUUCGGAUGCUUGUCUUAGUGAUGUGCUCAAUCAAUGCAUCCGCGCGAGCAUAAACGUAAUAAACAGUUCAUGUCCAGAAGACUGUGGGAAUGUAAGCAUUCCAUACACUUUUGGAAUCGGAAAGGGUUGUUACGUUGGAAAUUGGUAUGAGAUUGUCUGCAGAUCAUCGAAUCAUGACUCUUAUAAUCUGGGAUUUCCAAUGCCCUAUUUGAAGAGGUUAGACCUGGAGGUGCUGGAAAUUGACAUAACUUCGUUAGGCGAAAUUAGCAUCAACUAUCCCAUAUUUUCGAGCUGUACCAAUGGCAAGAACAACAAAAAGAAUCUGGAGUUAGAGAAAAGUCCUUUCGUCUUCGCCGUCACCUACAACACCUUCGUUGCCAUAGGUUGCAACAACUCUGCCUCCAUGUGGUCCAUUUUUCCUGAUGACUCGAUUUCAUUUGGUGGGUGCAAUUCCCCUUGUGAUAGAGCUCCAUUCACAAAAGGAAGUCAUUGCAAUGCCACAAAUUGUUGCCAAGCUACAACUCCUUCUAAUCUCCAAGCAUUCUCUACAACUAUAGAGACGAAAAGUUCCUACAAUAAUGGUAGUAGUGAGUGCAACUAUGCAUUUUUGGUAGACCAGAAUUGGUUUGAGACCAAUUUCACAGAGCCGAAUCUAAAUGUGUCCGUUCCAGUGAGAUUGUACUGGGAGCUUGACAAUACUACUUUCCAUUCUCUUCCCACAAUGAAAAACAUGACAACAAGAGAAUACAAGAACUCAACCUAUCGUUGUUAUCAGUGGAUGGGGUCGGGAAACACUACUACUUAUAAUUGUGGGUGCAAGAGUGGCUACAGAGGAAAUUCAUAUCUUCUGGGAGGAUGUGGAGAUAUUAAUGAAUGUGCAGACCCUGACUUUAACAUCACUUGUACACCCGAUACACGCUGUGAAAAUACUGAAGGUUUUUACCGUUGUGUCGCUGUAAAGAACACAAAGCUUUUCAUGAUCAUAGGUAUGUCUUCCUUCUCAUUAUAUAUAUAUAUAUAUAUUAAUUGCAUGUACAUGACCUUUCCCUUCGGUUUUUUGCAAAUUCUCUGAUAAUUUUCAAGCUAAUUAUUAAUAAUUAGUUGUCCCAUGCAUUGUCUUGAU